CCUCCAUUGAUUCUCACUCUCAUCCUCUUCAAUGGCGGUUCAUUGCAUUGCCUUCUUCCUCUUCCUCCUCCUCCUCCUCCUGUUAUCUUCUCCUUUCGCUGUCUAUUCCACUGUCACAAGCUCUCUUCCCGGUUUCCAUGGCUCUCUUCCCUUCGAGCUCGAAACCGGGUAUGUGGGUGUUGGCGAUUCAGAGGAAAUACAGCUUUUCUAUUACUUCAUCAAGUCAGAGAGGAAACCUAGUGAAGAUCCCGUGAUGGUUUGGUUAACCGGUGGACCCGGUUGCAGCGGAAUAUCCGGUUUAGCUUUCGAGAUCGGUCCAGUGAAAUUCGAACUGAAGGAGUACAAUGGAACCACUCCUACUCUUUUGCCAACUUCAGAUUCGUGGACUAAGGUCUCGAGCAUAAUAUUCUUGGACCAACCCGCGGGAACCGGAUUUUCGUACUCAAGAACUGAACAAGGCCGUCAAGCUAGUGACUUGAAAUCAGGCCAACUGGUUCAUCAGUUCAUCAGGAAGUGGAUGCUAAUCCAUCCGGAGUUCAUAUCGAAUCCGUUGUAUAUCGGUGGAGACUCGUACUCGGGGAAAGUGGUGCCCCCUGCUGUUUUGUUCAUCUCCGAAGGAAACGACCAAGGGGUCGAGCCUCGAGUGAAUCUCAAGGGUUACGUUUUAGGCAAUCCCCUUACCGACGAAGAGGCGGAUAACGACGCUGGGAUUCCAUACGCUCAUCGAAUGGGGAUUAUUUCCGACGAGAUCUACGAGUCAUUGGUGACUAGCUGCAAAGGGAAGUAUUUUCUUGUGGAACCGAGCAACAUAGAAUGCGCGAGAGCUCUUGAACGUUUCGACGAGUGCACUAAAGACAUAAACGGAGCACUCAUCACUGCAGAUAAAUGCCAUCCCGAUCUUCCUUAUCCAGGACCCGAGUGCCAGACCUAUUUUUACACGCUGUCUUAUUACUGGUCCAACGAUGAAUCCGUCCGGACAACGCUCGGCAUAAGAAAGGGGACGAUUGGGAAAUGGGAUAGAUGCAAUCGUGAAGAAAUACCAUACGAGGAAGAUAUCGAUAGCGCACUCCCUUACCACGUUAACCUCAGCAAUAGAGGCUAUCGUUCUCUCGUUUACAGCGGCGAUCACGAUAUAAUUGUGUCGUACGUUGCGACACAAGCAUGGAUAAAAGCAUUGGGUUAUCCAGUUGUUGAUGAGUGGAGGCCGUGGAUGGAUAAUCGACAAAUUCAAGGGUACGCGAGGACCUACGCUAAUAAUAUGACAUAUGCGACUAUCAAAGGAGGAGGACACACAGCAGAGUACAAACGUAAACCGUAUUACGUCAUGUUCAAACGGUGGAUUGAUGGUGAACAUUUAUAAGCAUGCUGCAUGACGAUCAAAUCAUACGGACCAAAUCUUAUGCUAUUAGUUUGAUUUAUGAUAUUAAUUGAAAUAAUAAAAAUAAUAAUUAUUGUCACGGUUGUAUCCGUCAUUGGUUUAUACAAAACCCAAUCCCACAUCACAGUAAAAUGUUUCGGUUUCUUAACGAUGACAGAGAUUCCCGAUGUAAUUGAACUCCGAAACGCAGAUCAAAGGAAGAAUAAUGGCAGAACUCAAUCGUUGGUCUUUGCAAUGUAUCACCACAUGUUCCUCUUAAAAACACUUGAUGAAUUCA